UCACAGGGUCUCCCUGGUCAUCACUGGGUGGGGAGGCUUCCCUCAGCUUGGGCCUCACUGGAGUGUAUGACCUAAUGGAAAGUCAUGGCUCUCCCCUUGACCCCCAACCCCUCACCUGUCUCCAUACCCCAGGACUUACAGUUUCAUCUUCCUGCCCCCUCCAGACUGAGACCAGCCCCUUAAGCCCACACUCAGCAUUUGACAUUGGACUUCCUUUCCUUUUUAUUUCUCUGGUGUCUGGUCUUCCCAGCAACAGCCUGCCCGCCCUCUCAGGGAGGUACCUCGUGUUGGCCCGCCCCUCAGGCCUGGUUUCCUCAGGAAAAGCCUCAGGAGGAAACCAGGGAGGGGGUUGAGAGCUGUGGGGGCCAGACUAACUCAGGCCCUCUUACUGCACUGGCCGCCAUGGUGCCGUGGCUACUGCUCCCACUGCUGCUGCUCUGGAUUCAAGAGACCCAGGGUUCUGAGCUGAAGCCUAAUGGGCGGCACGUCUGCAAGGCCAACAGCCCCUCUGCUGAGCUCCAGUGCUGUCCAGGCUGGAGGCAGAAAGAUCAAGAAUGCACCAUCCCCAUCUGUGAGGGGCCUGACGCCUGCCAGGAAGAUGAGAUAUGUGUGAAACCAGGCCUCUGUCGAUGCAAACCUGGAUUCUUCGGGUCCCAGUGUAAAUCCCGAACUCCUUCUCUUCCCAGCUGUGGCCACUGCAAGCGGAAUGAACCAUGCUCUGCAGACACAGGCAGCUGUGAGUCCUGUGAGCCAGGCUGGAACGGAACCCAGUGUCACCAGCCCUGUCCACCUGGAACCUUUGGCGAAAGCUGCAGGCAGCAGUGCCCCCGCUGCUGGCUUGGAGAGGCCUGUCAGCCAGAUACUGGGCACUGUCAGAGCUGUGACCCUGGCUGGCUGGGGCCCAGCUGUGAAGACCCCUGCCCGAGUGGCACCUUUGGGAAGGGCUGUGGCUCAACCUGCCCAACCUGUGUUCAGGGGGCCUGUGAUGCUAUGACUGGUGAAUGCAUCUGCAACGCUGGCUACUGGGGGCCCAGCUGCAACACUUCAUGCCCAUCUGGAUUCUAUGGAAACAACUGCUCUGUUCCCUGUGAAUGCCCAGAGGGACCCUGCCACCCUGAAUCUGGGGUUUGCCAGCUGGGGUCUCACAGUCAGGAUGCUGCCCUCAUAGCUGGCAUCCUUGUGCCUCUGCUGCUGCUCCUCCUGGGUAUUGCCUGCUGUGCCUGCUGCUGCUGGGCCAACCGAUUGGACCCCAAGGACAGGCCAGCAAAAGAUGGAACUGCUGUGUCCAGGGUGAAGCUCCAAGUCUGGGGGGCACUGACCAGUCUGGGUUCUGCACUGCCCUGUAGUUCCCUCAGCAGCCACAAGCUUCCCUGGGUGACAGUCUCCCACCACGAUCCGGAGAUCCCCUUCAACCACAGCUUUAUCGAACCGCCCUCUGCUGGCUGGGCCUCAGAUGACUCCUUCUCUUCUGAUUCUGAGUCUGGAGAGGAAGAUGAGGGUCCUACCUACUGCGUGCCACCCCAAGAAGGGAUGGUCCCUAUAGCCCAACCAGAGUCGCCGGAGGCCAGUCUGGCUGGAGGUACCUUCCCUCCCCCUGAGGAUGCCUCCACACCAUUUGUCAUCCCACGCACUUCCAGCCUAGCACGGGCCAAGCGGCCAUCAGUCUCCUUUGCUGAAGGCACCAAGUUUGCACCGCAGAGUCGCCGAAGCUCAGGAGAGCUCUCCAGCCCGCUCCGAAAGCCCAAGCGGCUCUCCCGGGGGGCCCAGCCAGGUCCUGAAAACCAGGAAGCUGAGGAGUCCAUAGGCCCAGAGCAAGUAGAAAGGGACAAGGCCCCUCCUGGGGCAGCCAGCCCCAGGGAUUCAGCUAUUGGCCACCGCCGGCUCCCACUUGGUGGCCGGACAGUGGCUGAACGUGUGGAAGCCAUUGAGGGCAGUAUCCAGGAGAGCUCAGGCUCUGUGACCACAAUCUACAUGCUGGCAGGAACACCUCGAGAAUCUGAUGGCCCCGUCCGAUCUGUUCUACGCCGUUUUGGUAGCUUCCAGAAAGGCCAGGCAGAGCCCAAGGUCAAGAGUGCCAUCCCCAAGCCUCCACGCCGGGCCCUGAGUCGGAACAAGGGCAGCCCUGGGCUAGCCUCUGGCUCUGCCAGUCAGAGCCCUGGCUCAGCCCCUAAUGAGGGGCUUACUGGGGCCUCAGAGUCUGUAGGAAGCAGGCCAGAGGAAGUGGCCAGGGGGCUGGGGGAUGGCAUGGAGAGCUCAGGAAGGACCCAGGAGCCAGACCCCCAGAGUGGCCCCCCAGAACAGGAUCCCCAGAAGGUGGCUGAUGAGGAAGGGCAGGAGGAGCCCCAGUAUGAGAAUGUUACCCCCAUCUCUGGGCCACCAGAGCCCUGAGUACCAUGAAUUUGGGGAGUGAGAGGACUAUGGAUAGGGGGAAGGCAUCUGAACUAACCCUGUAUCAGAUUAUGUUUUGUGCUGGAAAAAGAUCCCAGGGCCAGGAAAGACUUACUAGAGCCUCUGCCCUACCAUGGGGAAAUGUCUAAGUUAGAGGCCAGUUGGCUCUGGGCCCUGGCGGUGAUCCAGGAGUAGUCUGGAAGGCCUGGGCAGAGAGCCCACGGAAUGGGAUCGGGAAGGGGUAAGAGAUGGCUGCAGGGACCUUUUCUCUGUUGUCCUGGACUCUGUUUGCCCCAAAAGGUUAUUCUUUCCUUCAUUUGCAAAAUAUUUUCUGAAAUGGGAAACAACCUAAAUGUUUGAUGAUAAAAGAUUGUUCAAAGAAAUAUUUCUUAUGUUAAGUUCCUAAACAACUAUGAAAAAUCGUGUUGUGCAAGAAUAUUCAAUGUGGGAGAUAAUAGGAGAAUGUUCAUGCUAUACUGUUAAGUGUGAAAAGUAAGUUUUCUUUUUAUAAAUUUUAUUUCUUUUUGCCUCAGCAUACAUGCGUAGAAUUCUUCCAUUUGUGUAUAUUUUGUGAUUAUUUUACAAAUUUUUUUUUUUUAAAGGAUGCAUGUGCAUAAAAAAGAUUCAAGGGAAAUGCAUCAAAUGACAUUUUUUUUUUCCUGGAAGAUGAGAUCGUGGCUGAUAUUUAUUUUCUUAAACUUUUAUAUAACUUGCAAUUUU